GAGAAAUAUCGACCAAAGCUGCGACGCCAGCUGGUGGGCCAGAAUGGACCCGCCAGUCCCGCCAAUCGCCUUUUCAACUGGCUCUCCUCCUGGCAGGCGGACUAUGCAGCAGAUCUCGCCUCGCAGCUGAGCUCACAUGUUUUAAUUAUGGACGAAGUGGAUGGUAUGGCAGGCAACGAAGACCGCGGUGGCAUGCAAGAGCUCAUCGCUGUCAUCAAGACCAGUAGGGUUCCAAUCAUAUGCCUCUGCAAUGACCGCCAGUCUCCAAAGGUGAGGUCCCUGGCAAACUACUGCCUCGACCUGCGAUUCCAUCGGCCUCGGAUGGAGCAGAUAAAGGCAGCUGUGCUGUCUUUGGCCUGUCGAGAGUCAGUGACCAUUGGCAACCAUGUCCUGGAGGGAAUAAUAGCCGCUAGCAAUCAGGACAUGCGUCAGGUAAUAAACUCAGUCCAGAUGUGGUGCACUGACGGUACAGCGGCAGACAAGGAAAUCAGCCUUGGUGCCGCCGGAGCCCAAAAGAACCUCCGGUUGGGACCCUUCGACGUCAUUCUCAUUGCGGCGCCGCUGAGUGAAUCCGAGAAUUCUCUCACCUGCUCCCUAAACGGAUGUCUUCAGUAA